AUGGCCGGGGCUUGUGAAAGGUGGCAGGAGAGAACUCCCACUCAGAAUGGUAAGAGAAAUAUUCAGUUCAUCAGCAGCUUUAGCAGCGUACCCACCACUGGGAGAACUACCAUUCGUCUAAGAGACCUUUAUGAUCCAAAACCUCAACCUGCCAAAGCCCCCGUCCAGAUCCGUCCUCCAAGUCCAAGAGCCCCACCGGCAAAGGGCCCCACAUUACAGCCCAGCUUCUCCAAUGAUCCUAUGCCCAUUAUGAGGAAACGAGCUCAGUCACUUCCUUUGUUUGUACGAAGGGAGAAGGCACCUAGGAGCCUGCAGGUACGCUUUGUGGACUCACUGGGCCUUGAGUUAGAAGAUGUUAAGUUCUUCAAAGUGCAGGAGAACCCACUGAUACCCCCACAUGUUAUUACCAAACUAAUGAUGAGCUCUGAGCUCACAUUUGGAAAGUCACUGGAGCUGUCCAUGCCUUACUUCAAACCCUGUUUCCCUGACAGUAUGAGAGCUCAACCUGGCUUUCUAAAACGCCUCUGCGACCAGAAAGUGGUCCUGGAUGGGGUCAUAUGCUCAGAGAUGGGGAUCACUGGCACCAUUCAAGUACUUAAUUUAGCUUUUGAGAAAGAGGUCACGGUGCACUACUCGUUCACUAACUGGAGGACCCAUACUAACACAGCUGCAUCCUGGGUAUCAAGUGGGUACCGAGGGGAGUGUGAUGUGCCAGACAUGGAUAUCUUUUGUUUUCGUCUGCCUGUCCCACCUUUUAUUUUGCAGCCUGGGGCCCUUCUAGAGUUUGCCAUCUGCUAUAAAGUGAAAGGAUUUACCUACUGGGACAACAAUGAUGGGCAAAAUUUUAAACUGUCAUGCCAUAGCUACAAGCUCAAAGUGCCAAAGGAGUGCGAGGAUAGCAUGCUGCACUUUACCUGA